AUGAUUGGUGAAGGUGUUUCUGAAGAGUAUAUUAGCAGAAAAGAACUAGAACCAUCUCAGUUUGAAGAAUCAUUUCAAAGUGAGCAGACGUAUUUACCAGACAAGAAAGAAAUCAUGCCUUCAUGUGAUGAUUGUGGUGUAGUCUUUGAAAGCGUCCCUGAUUUAGCUAGACACAUGAAUAGGUGGUGCCCGGAAAAUAAUGAUUUAAAAAGAAAAAGGGAAAAAGAGGAUGAAGACAUUCCCAUAAAGAAGUCUCGUGUAGACGAAAUUGAUAUAGAAGAUGGAGAAGAUACGGCUUUCAUAAAAUUGACUGAACUUGCAAGGGAGGCAAAUGAAGAUAUAUGGGAAGAAAAAGUUGAUAAAUACAUGGAUGGUAACAUGAAUGAAGACCAUGCAAGACGUAAGGCCAAUCGGAAACUAAAAAACGAGGAUAUGGAUCAGUUUUUGUCCAGAUAUAGUAGUUUGGUUGAGUAUCUACUACAACUACAAAACGGCAAAUUGCACGGCAAAGUCAUGAAAAUGAUUACAAAACUAAUUAACGAUGACAUGGACUACGAGAAAGCCAUUAAAUUAGCCGUCAGGAAAUAUAAACCUUUGUUGGAAAGCUAUCUAGAUGAAGCUAUUGAUAACGAAACAAAUGAUGAUGGUUCUGAAAGCGAAGAUAGCAUUGAUGAUGAAGGAGAGGAAGAGGGGGAAGAGGAGGAUGAAGAGGAUGUAGACGAUGAAAGCUCAACUAUAUAA